AUGCCGCUGGUGAAGAGGAAUAUCGAGCCCCGGCACCUGUGCCGGGGGGCUCUUCCCGAGGGGGUGACGAGUGAGCUGGAGUGUGUCACCAACAGCACGCUGGCCGCCAUCAUCAAGCAGCUGGGCAGCCUCAGCAGGCACGCGGAGGACAUCUUCGGCGAGCUGUUCAAUGAAGCCAACAGUUUCUACAUGCGGAUGAACUCGCUGCAGGAGAGGGUGGACCUGCUGGUCAUCAAGGUGACGCAGCUGGACUCCACCGUGGAGGAAGUUUCACUGCAGGACAUCAACAUGCGGAAAGCCUUCAAGAGCUCCACGGUGCAGAACCAGCAGGUCGUGUCUCGCAACUCCAUCCCCAACCCGGUGAUGGAGAUGUACCAGCGCUGCGACAAGCCCCCGCCGCUCAACAUCCUCACACCCUACAGGGAUGACAAAAAGGACGGCCUCAAGUUCUACACCGACCCCUCCUACUUCUUCAACUUAUGGAAGGAGAAAAUGUUGCAGGCGACAGAAGAUAAGAGAAAGGAGAAGCGCAGGCAGAAG